AGGGUGAAUAGAUUUUUUUUCUAUUGUGGCGAAAUUUUUAUGGGGAAAAGAAUUUUUCUUUUUACUAAACUAGCCAAUGAUGAGAUGCUGAGGAGGCGGUCGUGCAACCAAUGAGGCGGUAUUACCUAGACUAGAAGCAAAAGUGAGGGAGGACAUUAUGGUCUUAUUAACCGGUAUGUAAAUAAACGAAGUUCCCGGUCGUGUAAAUCAAAAAUCUAAAGGGUGGGAGACCCAAGAAAGCAUUUGAAUUAGCUGCAACCCAACAGACAGAUAUAUAUAUAUAUAUAUAUAAAUUGUAGAGUAGCAUGUCAGACAUGAGGGCAUCAAGAUCUAGAACGCCAUGGAAGUAAAACAAGGAGCUCCCCACAGCCUUACUGCCAAUGUUCCGUUUUCCUCAAUCAACGUCGAUCAUUCUCUCUCUAUUACCAAUAUUAAGCCUAAAAUCGUAGAACUGUGCAAGGACUUGUUCAACCAAUGGUCGAAUCUGGACAAUUCUCAUUUCUCUGUAGAGACGGUGUCUGGUGGCAUCACAAAUCUAUUGCUAAAAGUAUCUGUAAGAGAAGAUGAUGUAAAGCAUGUAAAUAUGACAGUUAGGUUAUAUGGUCCAAAUACUGAAUAUGUCAUUAACCGUGAACGAGAAUUGCUGGCGAUUCAACACCUCUCAGCGGCUGGGUUUGGUGCGAAGUUGCUUGGAGUAUUUGGGAACGGCAUGGUUCAGUCAUUUAUUGAUGCACGCACUUUAACACCCGCAGACAUGAAAACCCCAAAGCUUGCUGCUGAAAUUGCAAAGCAACUCCGAAAGUUCCAUCAGGUAGAAAUUCCGGGCUCCAAAGAACCUCAAGUAUGGAAUGAUGUGCUCAAGUUCUUCAAAAAUGCAUCAACUCUCCAAUUUGAUGAUGGUGAGAAGAAGAUUAAGUAUGAGACAAUUUCGUUCCAGGAAGUUCAUAAAGAAAUCAUAGAGCUCAAGGAAUUGACUGACUGUCUUAAUGCCCCGGUGGUGUUUGCCCACAAUGACUUGCUCUCUGGAAAUCUGAUGCUUAAUGAGGAUAAAGAAAAGCUGUAUAUCAUUGAUUUUGAGUAUGGAUCCUACAAUUACAGGGGAUUUGACAUAGGGAAUCACUUCAAUGAAUAUGCUGGCUAUGAUUGUGAUUACAGCUUAUAUCCAAGUAAGGAUGAGCAGUUUCAUUUCUUCAGGCACUAUUUGGAUUCUGACCGACCAAAUGAGGUAUCUGACGAGGACCUUGAAGCCUUAUAUGUCGAGACCAGUAGAUACAUGCUAGCUUCACACCUGUACUGGGCUCUCUGGGCGUUGAUCCAGGCGAAAAUGUCACCCAUCGAUUUUGACUACAUCAGUUAUUUCUUCCUACGCUAUAACGAGUACAAGAAACAGAAGGGAGCAAUUCUCUCUUUAGCUAAGUCGUAUCUCUCAAAAACCAAGCUGGGUGAAAGAUUCAUUUAACACAGUUCCAGAAAGUCUUAAAAGCUGUCAAUUGACAAGAACAUUUUGAUCUCAUUUGUUGCAAAAUAGAAAUAGCUGCUGCUGUAGCCGAGUAGGAAUGCAAAAUGAUUUUUUUUUUGUUGUUUUCUUUUUCUGCCAAAAGCAUAUUAAAGUGUGUUGUAAUAGUCAAAGUUCAUAGUUUGAACUUAGAUGGAGUCAUACUCUGCAAUUUCAAUGUAAAAAACAAGGGGAACAUUUCUCUGUUCAAUCUUUGGUAAUUCAGCAUGAAUAAAUUAACACACAGCCUACCUUCCACUGAAAAA